CUGAUUGGCCAACAGGUCCCGGCGCCAAAAGAGGAAAGAGGAAGAGUUGUAAACACAGCAGAAAAGAUUAUUGCUCAAUAUUUAUAUUGGCAUAAAGCUACUUUCAACCUAUUGCGGGCACAACAUGGAUACACAGUCAUACCUACCGGUAGAACCCGGGGUGGGGAUGGAGGAGAAUUUCCUGUCUCUCGACGAUAUUUUGCUCUCUCACGAGAGACUUCCCAUCCGGACGGAGUGCCGUUUCCCCCGGCUGGGCUAUCUGGAGAGGUCGACUGACGCGCAGGACAUCCCGGAGGGCACAAAGAUGGAGCUCCCUCUGUGGCUGUCCAAGGGUCUGUACGAGAAGAAGAGGAGAGUGUUGUCAGUGGAGCUUCCCAAGGUGUACAGAGAGGGCUGGAGGACCGUGUUCAACGCCGACCCCAACGUGGUGGACCUGCACAAGAUGGGGCCCUACUACUACGGCCUGGGGUCCCAGAUGCUGCACUUUGACAGCCCAGAGAACCCAGAGAUCGCUCAGACGCUGCUGCAGACAUUCGUCGGCCGCUUCAGACGGAACAUGGACUCCUCCCAGAACGCCUACAACGAGGACACGUCUGCGCUAGUGGAGCGUCUGGACUGCCUGGAGAAGGCCCUGUUCGCGUCGGGGCAGAGCGGCCUCAAUGGCUUCCAGAGCUGGGAGAAGGGCCGGGCCUCACAGCUCACCGCUUCCAGCCUCGUCCUCAACUACCGCAAGAGGAAGAUGGCCGACGGGCCGCCCUGAGCCGGGCUCGGUUUAAUAGAGACCGACGCUUGGUCAAAACUUUAGAGCGCGACGGCAGUGCUGACUUUCACUGCCAUCCUCACUCAGCACCCUCUAACUCUGAGCCGGGCUCUCUGUGGUGGGACCACGUUUUAUUUCUUGUGUCACGUUCUACGACCUUCACAUAUCCUUGACUGGGUUCAUGAUCACCAUUGAAACCGUUGGAUAUUUAACUGUUGAUGCACAUUCAGUGCAUCUAUGAAUAGUUAGUGGCUGAAGUUUAGAUUGUUCAAACAUAUAUCUUGGAAAUAUUUCUCAUCUUUACAAAUGCAAACAGUGGCCUGUGUUUUAUGUUCCAUCUUACAGAUGGAUAACCUGAGGGUUAGUAUGAUAUAAUGUAGAUUUAAAGAAAUGUUUUUACAUCAUAAAAUGGCAAGUUUCCAUAAAGCAGUCCAACCCAGAAAUAGUUGAAUUGUUUACUAACAGAACUGGAGAUAUUAAAGAGAUGUCCUGAAACGGCAAA